AUGUUCUCGUCUCCGGCCCGACCGACCCCACGGCGGGGUCUUCGGAUGCGCGAGUCGCUCUCUCGCUCCGCAUUCGACAAUGCGAGCGUCCAGACCCGCUCCCGACUCGGCAGUGUGCGUCAGCUGUCGCCCGCCUCGUCUGGAGGAGAAUCGACCCGAACAGUCCGCCAUCAGGACAAUGAUGAGGUGUACUGGUCGCGGGACGAGCGGCACUCUGUUAUCUCGAACGGUCCUCUGCCGUCCGAGGUGAGCAAUCUCGUCAACGACCCGGACUUCGACUUCAUCGUCGAGGGCGCGACGGGGCAGAUCGACUCUGGCUCUGGUUUCGCGCUCGUCUCGACGCCGACGCGCUGCUUCGCCUGGAACUACGCCAAGAAGACGCACUCGAGCCCCACCGUCUACACCUUCCCGACCCCGAUUCCCUCUCGCAGCCACCUGCCCAACAUCCCGCCUGCGCUUGCAGCGUUCUACGGCGCGCGCGCUGCCGAGCCGGGCCUCGUCCUUGUUAGCGCCACGGGCGAGGUCAGGUUGUGGGAGAGCAUGUCCCUCGCGCUCGCCAACGUGCAGCGGUUCCAGUCCAUUGAGCUCCCGCUCGGCAGUGACGACUUCGCCGAGCACAUCUACCGCCUCGACGACGCUAACUUCGUCGUCACGACGACGAGCUCGGCAGCCUUCCGCCUCUCCGUCGUCAACCACGGUGGCCGCCUCGUGCCGACUGCGCAGCCCUUCACCCGCCCCGGAGGACUCUUCAACCGCGCUAGCCCCAUCAUCUUCGACAGCUCGGAGCGCACUGGUAUCGUUGCUGUGACGCCCGUGCCGGGCGGCGUCUGCCUGCUCGGCAAGAGCACGCUCCAGGCGUGGGAGAUCGGACCGGACGGUUAUGCGAAGUUUGCCACGCUUGUGUCCUACUCCCGCAACUCGGGGUCGUCGGACCACUCGCGUUCGCACAACAGCCACUCCAUCGUUCUCUUUGACUUCAACGCCUCGACGAACACGGUCACGAUCGACAAGAUUGUCCAAAUCUCGUACCUGGCUAUGGCGUUUGUGCACUUCGCCGAUGCCAUUGUCAUGGCAUCCCUCUCGAACGUUCCCUACGAGGACACUGUUCGGCUGAAGGACUCGAGGAACCUCUUCCUCGGCGCUGGAAACGGUCGCAGUGGCGCUUCCCUCGUCGCCAUGGCGCGGCUAGGCGGCAUCAUGACCAUCGACGUCUACGCCGGAUCCGCCCAGGCUCCCAGGCUCCUGAUUCCCCAGGACUCGCGCCGGCGCCUGGAGAGCCACGCUGAAAAGAUCAAGGCGGCGAUCGACCUCUGGGACUACCAGAACCGACUGAUGGAUCUGCUCGCCGACUCGAUCCAGAUCUUGAUGAACCAGCUGGGUGUUGGUGCCGGUGACGAGGACGUCGUGCGGUUGUUCUUCCGCACGCAGGUUCUGCGCCUCGACCGCCUGCUCGAGAUCGUGUUCCAGACGUUCCAGGCCGCGAUUCAGGCUGCGGGCCAGAACACUGAUCUGUCCGACUGGAUUCUCGAAGCGAACCGCAUCUUCAUCGUGCGCGAUGCGGACACGACCGUCUACCAGGUCGACCGGGAACGACCCUCUGUCGAGUUAUGGACUGCCUCUGACGCUAUCAUCGACGAUCUCGACGCCCUGUACUCUGCGACGCAGCGCCUUAUCAAGGACCGCACGCGCCAGAUGGGUAGUGUCGUCGAUGAGCCGGCGCCGCAGAACGCCAGCACCCAGCUUGCCCGCCAGCAGCGCGACCAGGCCACGCUCAAGAUGCAGAUGGCCCAGCUCGCUGCUGCGCUGUGCGAGAACAUGGAGGACAAGCUGCGCACAAACGCCACGGCCUCGCCCUCGCCAAGCGCUGGGACGACCUCAAGCCUCGAAUCAUCCGCCCGCUCGGCCUACGCCCUCGCGGAGCACCACCGCGACUUCCCGACGCUCGUGUACCUGACUCACAACUCCGCCUCGUCUGAGGGACCGGCAAGAAUAGAGAUGUACAUUGAGAAGUACGGACAGGACUUUGCCUUCGUGCUGUACCAGUGGUACAUCGACCAGGGCAAGCUGUACGACCUCCUGUCCCAGGACGAGGUGUACGGACGACUGCUCAGUGCCUUCUUCGCGGCGCACCCGCACCCGGAACUGUCGUGGAUCCACUCGAUCGCGAUUAAGGACUACGGUGGUGCCGCGACGGCUCUCCAGGCCGUGGAGGAGGACACAACGUCGCUUGCGCAGAAGCAUCUGCAGGCGAGUCUCGGCAAGCUCGCGGCCGUCGCGGACGGCAAGGCGCGUGGCCAGACGUUGCAGAUUGAGGAGCUCGACGACAGCCUCGACCUGAUCAACACGGAGAACGCGCUGCGGGAGCACAUCAACGAGACCGCGCCCGGAAGCGGGCACCCGAAGAAGGCGAAUGCGAAGAAGUACGUCGCCGGACUCAAGCUGUCGUACCCCGCGUUCGAGCAGGUGCUUGAGCGUCAGGUCGGCGCGCUGCUGGACGGUGACGCGCUCGACGUAGAGGGUCUCGUCGACGUUCUCACGCUGACGAUGGGACGGGAUGACGACGCUGCGAUCGCGCUCGAGCGUCUCGCACACGCACCUCUUCCCGAGGGACGGAAGCAGGUCGCGCUGAUCUCGACCUGGCGCAGGGUGUACACGCACGAUGACUGGGCGAACUUGACGAAGACGGCGGGACGGAGUGAGGAGGCGCAGCGCAACCUGCAGCGGCAGACGGCGACGUACCGCACUCUGCGGGCGCUGAAAGAGCUUCCCGACCAGCUUCCGUCGAGCUUCACGAGCCUCAGCCCGAAGAUUGCGGCCCAGCCUCCGCUCAUGGAGGAGAUCAAGGCGCGCUUCCCUGAGCUUCCCAACAGCGCACACGAGGCUCUCAUGGCCGACCAUGAGGCUGAGAUUGAGGCGCUACAGAAGGGCGUAAGCGACGGGCUCGCCGAGGGCGUCAAGGCGAUCACGGAGCUGGUGGACUCGGACAUGCAGCAGGACGCUGAGGGCGAUGUCUCCAUGUGA